CCUACGGUAGAAGUCAGACGGGGUGGAGGCACUAAUGGGAGAGACCGGACAGGUUAUUAGAGUUUCUUGCCUGAUGAGAAACCAGAAGAGGGCUUUGCUAUUCUAACCUUAUUUGUUGCACCCAGUGACGGAUUUGUCUGUCUCUCCUAUCCUUUUUUUAAUCGUAGUUGUCUACUGAAGGCCGCAGAAGCCUCGGGCUAGAUUUGGCGACACACCGAGCCGAGUAGACGAGGACAUCAGUGGGAUUGUUUGGAAAGUCUCGUACAAUGUAUUCACCAGGGUUUGACGUUUGGAAGUCGUAACGUAUUUAUUUGUAUAGCAUCAUUUGUAUUUAAUUUAUACCGAAAGGUGGAAAUGAAUGUGUAACUUAGUAUAAAAAGUUAAAGAGACAGGCUAACUAGUUAGCUAGCAUGCAAAAUGCUAGUUAGCUACCUAGCAGCGAAACUCUAGCCUAAUGAAUGAAUGAACGAAUUGGCAACCCCCUGCUUUUUAACCAAGUACUGGUUGUUGUUGUCGAUGAAAGAACACGUCGAAUAUUAGACGAGACAACGUCGUUUUUAUACAACAGAGCAACUUAAGCUUGUCUGGGGCGAACUCUUGUGUGACUGUUAAAUCUCUGCAGACCCACAAAUGGACAGGAAUGCGGUUCCUGGGAGUCGGUGGACGGCGGCGAUCUAGCACGCAAACAUAGUGUUGUGCUAACAGUACCACAUAGCCUCGGUAAUGUUUAAGAAGCUGGGUGCAGCUAACUUCAGCUAGCCACAUAUAUUUGCACUACUUGGACUUAGCUGCAAUAGCGUUAAGCGUACACCGGCGUUUGGGAUGGGCAACACGGUGUCAUGCUGCGUCUCUCCGGAGUCGAGCCCCAAACUUCCUUCGAGGCAACCGGCAGAGCGGCUGGAGGAGAUCCAGACCAGCACCGAAGUGAGCGACGAUAACACCGCGCCCUACCUGCAGCAUAUAAGCGACAGAGAAGUCCCUGAUGAGCUGGCCCAGGAGUCCAACCCCUCAGACCACGCCAGAGCCAGCACCAUCUUCCUCAGCAAGUCCCAGACAGACGUACGAGACAAGAGGAAAAGCAACCACAUAAACCAUAUCAGUCAUGUAUCUCCUGGUCCACUGUCAAAGAAGUACAGCUCCUGUUCCACCAUCUUCAUAGACGACAGCACCGUCAGCCAGCCCAACCUCAAAAGCACAAUCAAAUGUGUCACUUUAGCAAUAUACUACCACAUCAAAAACAGGGACUCUGACAAGUCAUUGGACAUCUUUGAUGAGAAGUUGCACCCCUUAUCAAGAGAGCCAGUGCCAGACAACUACUCCCGCGUAGACCCAGAACACAAGCUGAUCUACCGCUUCGUUAGAACGCUCUUCAGUGCUGCACAGCUCACUGCAGAAUGUGCCAUUGUCACUCUUGUGUACCUGGAGCGCCUGCUGACCUACGCCGAGCUGGAUAUCUGCCCCUCCAACUGGAAGCGCAUCGUCCUGGGAGCCAUCCUGCUGGCCUCCAAAGUGUGGGACGACCAGGCCGUGUGGAACGUCGACUACUGCCAGAUCCUCAAAGACAUCACGGUGGAGGACAUGAAUGAGAUGGAGCGCCACUUCCUGGAGCUGCUCCAGUUCAACAUCAACGUGCCAGCCAGCGUGUAUGCCAAGUACUACUUUGAUCUGCGGCAGCUGGCCGACGACAACAACCUCAGCUUUCCUCUGGAGCCCCUCGACAACCAGCGUGCCCAGAAACUAGAGGCCAUUUCAAGACUAUGUGAAGACAAGUAUAAGGACCUGAGUCGAUCAGCGAUGAGACGAUCCCUCAGCGCAGACAACCUGAUAGGUAUACGACACUCCAACGCUGUGCUCUCAUAGGCCAGACUGCUGCCACCUGCCCCUCUGACUUCCAAAGCCCAGCUACUCCACAGCCAGCCGCAGACCAACGCGGCCGCCUCUGAGGGUCAGCACGGCCCCCGUCACGCAGGAUUCAGGCGUGAACCGCUACUGUAAAACCGGCCCAAACGCUAAUUGACAUCACAGCUGUCACAGCUGCAGGAUUUGUCAACCAAAACUUGAAAAUUAAGGUGUACACUAAAAAAUGUGACAAUGCAACUCUUUUUACAAAAUUCCCUAUUUAUACUUAACAUAUCCCUUAUCUCCAAGAGACUAUCAACUAGGAAUGGUUCUAAUGUAUCUGAUCUUUUGAAGGGGGAAUUUUGAUUGUUUUUAAACAUUUGUAGAAAGGAAAAAACAAACAAUUAUGACAUUCAGCAUGAAAGGAUGAGGCUGAUGUGUUUUCUAGAUGUUUCUCAUUGCCAACAAAUCUCAUGGAAAGACCAAAACCAACAUCCCACACUGUUGCUGACCUACUGUAGCUAACACAACAGACUGGAGGCUGUUGUUGCAUUUGUUGAGGACCAUCCAUCAGUGGCGGAUUGAUCCACAUUUGUUUCUCUGAUGAGGAUUUGUGGCAGCAGGGUGGUAUGUGUGGGGGUAUUAAUGUAUCCAUGGUAAUAAAGGAAAAUGUCAAAUCAUGGCAAAAAAGCAUAUAUGAGUAAAUCAAGGUUGGAUAGACAUUAGAACGGUUCAUUAGUUGGAUAUUGGUCUUUUCAUUGGGUUUGUAGACAAUAACAGAGAUGUAGAAUAUUACCAGACUUAUCAUGUCAACAAACACAUCACGCCUAAUGCAAAAACUGCUCCUUGUAAAUUAGAGUUAAUACCAAACUUUACUUUUGAGAGUGUAAAUCAGAUUUGUUUACUGUUAAUAUCUGUGGUGUCGGAUUCUGUUUGAGUACAAAUCUCUUGCCGUUUAGAUUUGGAUGGACUAUUACAGCAUGUCUCAGAUAAUAAGGUAUUACACUUUAGAGUAUUUAAGCAGAUUUUUGGCUGAAGAAUUUUGCCAGUCAGCCAUCGUCUGUUACAGUCCAUCAAGGAAUCAGGAAUCAGGAGUGCCGGUCUGGAUUCACUUUUACUUUUCAAAUACUCUUCAGGUGGUCAGAAGGGAGCCAAACGCAGAUAGUGGAUCAGUAUUGAUACAGUUAGGAGGACGUAAUGUAGGUUCGGGGUCCAUGUGGUUCAGCCUCACACACAGUAUCGUCCCCUCAAAUCAUCCUGAACAGAUCACUACACCUGUGCUCGUCCCAGGCCCCCCCGACCCCCCCAACCAGAGCUUUUCGAACACACUACAUAGAUAUUGAGGGGAGUAAAAAAAAAAAAGAAAAAAGGAGGAAAAAAAGACUGAUGGAUACUCCUCUCCUUUUUGCUUACUAUGUAGGCUACUAGCUGUGAAAUUUAUCUUGUUUUUAAUUGAAAACCAUUUGCAGAUGGAGUAUUUUAAAUAAACACUAAUCAUGUAA